AUGAUGAUUGAAACAUUAGAAAAUCAAUUAAAUCAAGAUAUUGCUCGACUUUAUCAAGAAGCAGAUGAUUACAACGUAAAAAUAACGGUCGGAGAGGAACCAAAUGAACAAACUUUUUUUGCACAUUCCGUUAUACUACGUGCAAGGUCUCCGUUUUUUCGUGCAGCCUUAUCACAUAAAUGGCGAAAUACGCAAGAUUCCGAAGAUAAAAUCACAUUAUCUAAACCAAAUAUUCACCCAAAAAUAUUUAGAAUUAUUUUAAAAUAUUUGUACACAGGCACGAUAAUAUUUUAUCAAAAAAAUAAUGAUUAUACAUCAUUAUUGAUUGCUGCGGAUGAGCUUGCAUUAACAUCACUUGUCGACUACGUUCAGGAUCACAUAAUAAACGAGGAUAUAAAAUGGUUACAAAAGCAACUUGUGCAAGUAUUCCAACUUUGUUCGCGGUAUGAAACGUUCUCAAAGCUUCGGGAAUAUUGUGUGCAAACAAUUUCUGGGAAUCCAACAAGUUUCUUUAAGUCGCCGCAUUUUUUGAAUCUUGAGGAGAGUGCACUGAUUGAUUUGUUGAAACGAAGUGAUUUGGCCAUGGAAGAAAUUGAUGUAUGGGAUGAAGUAAUUCGAUGGGGGAUAGCACAACAGCCGAAUCUAAUCAAUUCGGAUGUUAGUCAAUGGACAAGCGCCCAAUUUAUGCAGCUAAAGAAAACAGUAAGAGAGUGUAUUCCACACAUAAGGUUUCUACAAAUAGUGCCGACGGAUUAUCACAGCAAAAUCAUUCCAUUCGCCGAAAUACUACCCGAUGAAUUAAAACGAAAAUUAACCGACCAUUUCGAGACUAACAGAACUUCGCCGCCACCUGCAUCUCCCGCUUCACCUGGUAGUAAACUAGUCGUCGCAUCACCCUCAUCUUCUACGAGUACCUUGAUAGAUUCAACGAUAAUUAAUAGAAAACAUUCAGCCUUAAUAUCACAUUGGAUUGAUGGUAAGGAAGGUGAACCGGAUUCUUAUCGAUAUUGUUAUCAUGACUUCAAACUUUUAUAUCGGGGAACACGAGAUGGAUUCGACGUGCGAGAAUUUCACGCGAGAUGUGACCGACACGGACCAACCGUUGUCGUCAUCAAAGUUGCUGACACGGAUGACAUCAUUGGUGGAUAUAAUCCAUGUUCUUGGAGUUCAUCCGGGUACUACAAAAAUACCACUCGCAGUUUUAUCUUUUCAUUGGGUGCUGGAUUAAACACAAAAGAUGCAAUAUUGAGUCGUGUUGUUGUACGACAAAGUUCAUUUGCGAUUUGUGAUUACGGAGUGGGAAAUUUGGAAGAUUCUGUUGGGUUUGGUGCUGGUGAUCUUCCUUUGUUCGGCUUCAAAUCGAAACGAACGUCUUAUCAGAGGCAAGUAAUUUCAUCACAAUCGUUUAGUAUCGCCGAAUUCGAAGUUUUCCAAGUCAUUAGACGAAUUGAUAAUUCUCCUUGA